CCUACUUCCGCUGAAUGAAAACUGAAAAGAAUCGACAACACUCAAAUACGGUUAGAAUUACCGAAUUUUCCAAAGUGACCCAAACAAACGUGCCCUAACCUAAACUCUAAGCGGCGAAGUGAACAACAUUGUAGUAAGGCUCCAGGUGAUCAACAUCGCACAUCUUCCAUGCGUUCUAUAAUUGUGUUCUCCCUAUCGGUUGGUGCAGUUAUAAUUUUAGGGAUGUUGGCGGUAGCACUGACCGGUACAUGGACAGUGAAAUACCUCGGAGGAUUCGCUUGGGAUGGGACAGCUCGCGAGUCUAACUACCAUCCUCUUUGCAUGGUGAUUAGCAUGGUAUUUCUCUAUAGCGAAGCCAUGAUUGUAUUUAGAGUCUUAAGUCACCAAAACAAAUUCUAUGUAAAGCUGGUUCAUUUUGGUCUUCAGCUAGUGGCGUUUGGAAUCGCAGUCUGGGGUGUUAAGGCUGUGUUUGACUUCCACAACCAUAUGGGCUAUCCUAAUCUCUACAGCGUACAUAGCUGGUGUGGAUUGUCUACCGUCAUCCUCUUCGGUUGUCAGAUUCUGGCUGGUUUUGUGAGCUUUCUUUUCCCCAAGUUGCCUGAUGGUCUUCGUGCAGCUUACCUGAAAGUACAUGUGUUCUUUGGGGUGUUUAUUUUUAUGAUGGCCAUCGGCAGUUGCCUAUUGGGAGUGAAUGAAAAGCUUUCUUUCAACCCCAACUACUCAAAACUACCACCUGUAGGAAAAUUGGGUAAUUCGUUGAGUGUCACACUCAUCCUCCUAGCUGUCACAGUCAUGUUUGUGGUGACAAACUCAGCAUUCAAGAAGGUAAAUACAGUUGAGGAGCGAGUGUCGUUGAUAGAUGAGAAUUUAGCCUCUGCUUGACCCAUGGUGCACUUGGAUGAUACCCAAUGUCUCAAACAAACCAACAAGUUGGCAAAUAGUAUACACCACAUCAAUCAAUCAAUCAAUCCAUCGUUUUAUUUAGUGAUGUAGGUU